AUGGCUGCAACCUUUGCCUUCCUGAAAGACGUUCGACCAUACAAAACAGCGUGGCGAGUACAAGUCAAGUUGCUCCAUUCCUGGAGAGCGUUCACACAAAACACUGGCCAAACGUUAGAGAUGGUUCUCUCUGAUGAACUGGGGAAAAAAAUCCAUGCAACCGUGAAAAAGGAUUUGGUACCCAAAUAUGUCAACAGGCUACAUGUUGACGAGUGGAUGUUCAUUGAGAAUUUUAGUCUCAGCUACGCAACCGGUCAAUUCAGACCAACCAGCCAUCUUUACAAGAUGGCAUUCAUCACUGGAACUGUGGUAAUGCCUUGUGAUCCGAAAUCUGAAUCUUAUUUUCUGUCUUUGGCAAAGUACCAAAAAAUUCAGAGUGGAGAGCUCAAUCCACAUAUGUUGGUUGAUGUUGUUGGCCAAAUAGUUACUAUUGGAGAGCUAGAGAAUCUCGAAGCAAACAACAAACCAACAACCAAAAUCGAUUUCGAGCUAAGAGACGACACAUGAGCAUUCAAAUGUUUUUGUUAGCUUUAUAUGGUGCUCAGUAUUGUGAUAAUGCAUAUUUCACUACAUCCAAAACUAU